UCUCUCCCUCUCAUUUUUCUGGAGCUCAAAGAAGCUCAGAGAGCACGUCAUAAAGGAAGGAAAGAAGGAAGGAACAAUAAGAAAUGGCGAGAGGAAUGAACAUGCUUGUGUUGAUGGUGCUCCUAGGAGCCGCGAUCCAGAGUUGCAGCGCUCAGACGACGCAUGUGGUCGGCGAUUCGCUCGGGUGGGUCGUCCCGCCUGGCGGCGCGAUCGCCUACUCCACUUGGGCAGCCAACGAGACCUUCGUUGUGGGCGACACUCUCGUCUUCAAUUUCACGACCGGAAUGGACGAUGUUGCCAAGGUCACGAAGGCGGCAUACGACAGCUGCAACUCCACAAGCCCCAUCUCGCGCUGGACCAAUGGGCCAGCGACCAUCACCCUCAACCAGUCCGGCGAGCACUUCUUCAUCUCCACGUUCGACAGGCGCUGCAGCCUCGGUGAGAAGCUUGCGAUCAAUGUGAGCGCUGCCUCAGGUCCCGCCCCGGCCCCAACAACCACACCAACACCACCAGCUGCUUCUGCACCGGCACCGACCACAACCCCGACAAGGUCGCCAGUGACUUACACCGUGGGUGACGGUGUUGGAUGGAAUGUGCUUGUCAACACCACACAGGCCUAUGAGCUCUGGGCUGCCAACAAGACCUUCAUGGUUGGUGAUAUCUUAGUGUUCAACUUUGUCAACGGGACGCAAAACGUUGCGGAGGUUACCAAAUCAGCGUUCGACUCCUGCAACAUCACCUCCACCAUCUCCGUCUACGCAGUCCCGCCAGUCAGAAUCACCCUUACCACCCCCGGCGAGCACUUCUACACAUCCACAUACCCGAACCGCUGCUCCCUCGGCCAGAAGCUUGCCAUCACCGUGAGCGCUGCCCCGACUCCCACCCCGGCCCCAUCAACUACACCAACACCUCCAGCUGCUUCUGCACCAGCACCGGCGACAGCAUCAGCAACAACCCCAACAAGGUCACCAGUGACUUACACCGUGGGUGAAGGUGUUGGAUGGAAUGUUCUUGUCAACACCACUCAGGCCUAUGCGCUCUGGGCCGCCAACAAGACCUUCAUGGUCGGUGACACCUUAGUGUUCAACUUUGUGAAUGGGACACAAAACGUCGCUGAGGUUACCAAAUCAACGUACGACUCCUGCAACACCACCUCCACCAUCUCCGUCUACACGGUCCCGCCAGUCAGAAUCAUCCUUGCCACCCCUGGCGAGCACUUCUACACAUCCACCUACCCGGACCGCUGCUCCCUUGGCCAGAAGCUUGCCAUCAACGUCACCGGCAGCUCGGCCACAACCCCAUCGCUUUCCCCUGCUACCCCUCCAUCGUCCACUGCCAUGCCGCCCUCCACCUCUACUAGUCCUUCUCCACCUUCUACCACCACCACGCCUUCUCCAGCAGGCUCUGCCACCCCUCCGUCGCCAGGCAACUCGGCCGCCUCUUUGAGCGUCACUGGCUUGUUCUCGGGGAUGUUGUCUGUCGCCGUUGUGUUGUUGUACUAGAUUACUUGAGUCUUCUUUUUCCUCCGUUCACUACAUGGUGAUUGUGAUUCGUUUGUGAGUUUUUUUUUUUUUUUUAAGAAUUUAGACUCAUACU